AUGAAACUCACUAUCGUGACUACCGUCCUUCUUGGACUCUUGCUGACUCCAGCCCUUGCUGAAUACUUUCCGCAAAAAGGUGGAAGCCAGCCAGUCAUAACCAGGCAAUUCACCAUUGUCGGAGGCUUCCAAAUUCUGACCCUCAACAGGGAAUGGCGCGUGGCAACUAUCGAGCAAAGGAGCAACCAAGGAUCAUGGAAAACCAUUUGGAACUACAAUCUGGGCUACAUUGCAAGCAGAGUGCUGUCACAGGGAACUUGCUACAUUUCCGUAAUGAACAGAAAUGUGAUACCUCGCUUUGAGACCCUCAUCACGCUGGCUGAGCAGAACAUGGGCCUGAGAGGACAAGGACAACCUGCAAGGGAGAUCACGUUUGUCGUCAAGGGCCCUGUCCUUGACCUCUCCUCUUACGGAACAGACAUCAUGGCUAUGUGCAGAGGACUCACAACCUACCUGACUUACGAAGUUUACGGACCACAAAAUACAUACAAUUACGGAUCAUGCACUGUACUUGAUGUCCUGCAACUCGUGGACCUCAAGUACUGUCAGGCAAAUAACAAGGGCCCAAUCCAAGGCUAUCAACCUUUGGAACAGAUACGCCAGGGUCUAGAAGAGCUGCAGAAAGUCCUUCCGGGAGGCGACACAUACAUGCAUGAAGGAUUUGAAAGGCACAACAGUACUAAAGGCUUCCCAGCCUCCCCUCUAAGGCCAGAAGCCAUCUCCCCCUUAAUUGCAUCCCUAAAAGCAUUAAUCUCCCCAAACGUGGUUACUACAGCUCUUGCUUUGUUGAGGGAAAGACCACUGGGAAUCCACAAACCUAAACCCUUACCUCCUUUCAUCUUUUUCAAAAAUCAGAACGGCAAGAGGCACCACAGUGAGCACUCACACCGCUCUUUCCCUGACACUGGGGUCAGCACCGAUGCAAAGGAGGGCUCCAAGGACUGGAAAUCUGUCUGGGAUGUCGAGACUGGCUACGUAGCAACCAAGGUACUUUCAAAGCACACCUGCAUCAUUGCUAAAAUAGACAAGAGGUUUUUCCUUGAUAAACCCUUUCCUGCACCACCUCGAGGACACCAGGGACUUAGCCCUCACCAGCUUCCUCCCAGAGAGAAUCGCUUCACUAUCUCAAGAAAGAGACUCCAAAGCUUGCGCCCAUAUGGAAAAUGCAUUCAAGCUCUGUGCCGAGGAAUUCCCUCUUACCUUGCUUACCCAGCUGCUGGUUCAAACUUCUUAAAGCAAGAUGUCGCAUGUUUGAAAGUUAAGAUAAACGAGCUGCCUUUCUAUUUCUGUGAUUAA